AUGCCUGCGAAAUCGCGAUUUACGAGGCUAGAUGCUUUUGCAAAGACGGUGGAGGAUGCUCGCAUCCGUACGACGUCUGGCGGUAUCAUCACCCUAGCCUCGCUACUUGUUGUCCUUUGGCUGGUCUGGGGAGAAUGGGUAGAGUACACCCGGGUGGUGGUCCUACCAGAGCUGGUGGUAGAUAAGUCAAGAGGAGAGAAAAUGGAGAUCCAUCUGAACAUGACAUUCCCUCGACUUCCGUGCGAACUCCUCACCCUCGACGUGAUGGAUGUCUCUGGUGAACAGCAAGUCGGCGUUGUACACGGUGUGAACAAAGUGCGCCUGAGUUCGCCAGCAGACGGCGGCAAGGUUCUUGAUAUCCAGGCUCUGGAACUUCACUCGGAGCAAGAAAAGGCCAAGCAUCUCGACCCGAACUACUGCGGCGACUGCGGCGGUGUGCCCCAGGACCCCAACGAGAAACACUGCUGCAACACCUGCGAGGAAGUGCGCGAGGCGUACGCCCAGCACCAAUGGGCCUUCGGGAAGGGCGAGAACAUCGAGCAGUGCGAUCGCGAGGGCUACGCGCAACGGAUCGAGGCCCAGCGCCGUGAAGGAUGCCGGCUGGAGGGCGUGGUGCGGGUGAACAAGGUGGUCGGGAACUUCCACAUCGCGCCAGGCCGCAGCUUCACGAGCGGAAACAUCCACGUGCACGACCUGGAGAACUACUUCGAAGGCGGGCUGUCGGACGCCGAGAAGCACACGAUGACGCACGUUAUCCACCAGCUGCGCUUUGGGCCCCAGCUCCCCGACGAGCUCUCGGACCGCUGGCAGUGGACCGACCACCACCACACCAACCCGCUGGACGACACGCAGCAGGAGACCGACCAAGCCGCCUUCAACUACAUGUACUUCGUCAAGGUCGUCUCGACCUCGUACCUGCCGCUGGGCUGGGACCCUCUGUACUCGUCCGACGCGCACAGCUCGAAUGAGCACACGCCGCUGGGCUCCCACGGCUUCGGCUACGGCAACCAGGGCAGCAUCGAGACGCACCAGUACUCCGUGACCUCGCACAAGCGGUCCCUGAUGGGCGGCGACGCCUCCGACGAGGGCCACAAGGAGCGUCUGCACGCGUCCAGCGGCAUCCCCGGCGUCUUCUUCAACUACGACAUCUCCCCCAUGAAGGUGAUCAACCGCGAGGCCCGCCCCAAGACCUUCACCGGUUUCCUGACGGGUGUCUGCGCCAUCAUCGGUGGUACGCUUACCGUUGCGGCGGCCGUGGACCGUGGACUGUACGAGGGUGCUCUGCGGGUGAAGAAGCUUCACUCGAACUAA